UUGGAACCUUGCCUGUGCCCGACGAGGAGGAGAAAAACAGAGAGAGGAGAGAGAGGAAAUCUCACCUUCCUCCUCUUCCUGCGUUCCCCUGCCUCGAUCCCCGCGAGGAAUUCGCCCCCGAAUCUCUCGAUCUGUCGGAUCCAAUCCGCCGAUCCGCCGCCUCGAUCGGUCCGCGUGGGGGAGGGGUCCUCGGUCGCCCGGGGUUUCGAUCCGGUUCGGAGAUGAACGGCGCCGGCGGGAGCCAGCAGCAACAGCAGCAGCAGCAGCAGCAGAGGCUCCGCCAGCAGCAGCAGCAGCAACAACAGCAGCAGGCCCUCCUGAUGCAGCAGGCGUUGCAGCAGCAGCAGUACCAGUCGGGCGUCCUCGCGGCCGCCGCCGCGGCGGCCAUGACUCAGAUGGAGCCUGUUUCAAAUGGCAAUCUCCCACCUGGGUUUGAUCCAUCCACAUGUCGCAGUGUGUAUGUGGGAAACGUACAUCCUAAUGUCACUGAGAGCCUUCUGAUAGAAGUUUUCCAGAGCUCUGGCCCUGUGGAAAGAUGCAAGCUCAUCAGGAAAGAGAAGUCUUCCUUUGGGUUUGUUGACUACUAUGAUCGGAGGUCAGCGGCUCUUGCAAUCAUGAGCCUUCAUGGACGUCACAUAUAUGGCCAAGCAAUCAAGGUGAACUGGGCAUAUGCAAGCACACAGCGGGAGGAUACAUCUGGACAUUUCCAUAUUUUUGUUGGUGAUUUAAGUUCUGAAGUGAAUGACGCAACUCUUUAUGCCUGUUUCUCAGUAUAUACUUCUUGUUCUGAUGCUCGAGUGAUGUGGGACAAUAAAACUGGACGCUCCAGAGGUUACGGCUUUGUCUCCUUUCGCAAUCAACAGGAAGCUGAAACUGCUAUAACUGAAAUGACUGGUAAAUGGCUUGGCAGCAGACAAAUAAGGUGCAACUGGGCAACAAAGACUAAUGCAGAAGAAAAACAAGAAACCGACAACCAUAAUGCAGUUGUACUGACGAACGGUAGUUCCAGUAAUGCAGCAAUGGAGGGAAACCAGGAAACAGGAAGUAAAGAGAAUCCGGAGAACAACCCUGAUUUCACUACGGUGUAUGUAGGCAACCUUGGGCAUGAGGUCAAUCGAGAUGAGCUUCACCGCCACUUCUAUAACUUAGGUGUUGGGGCAAUCGAGGAAGUUCGUGUUCAACAGGAUAAAGGGUUUGGAUUUGUAAGGUACAAUACCCAUGGUGAGGCAGCACUAGCGAUUCAGAUGGCCAAUGGAUUGGUCAUCCGUGGCAAGCCAAUAAAGUGCUCAUGGGGCAACAAACCAACUCCGCCCGGGACAUCUUCUAAGCCGCUGCCACCUCCGGGCCCUGCUUACCAACCCGUAGCAAUGGCGGGUGUGCCGCAAGGCUUCACAGCAGCCGAGCUCCUGGCUUACCAGAGGCAGCUCGCCUUAAGCCAGGCCGCAGCGGGGCAGAUUGCUGCUGGCGGGCACGGUCUGGCGGGCCAGGUAUCCGCAGGGCUUCUUGCUGCUGGCUCCCAGGCCCUCUACGACGGCUACCCGAACCAGUCGUCGGCGCAGCAGCUUAUGUACUACAACUAGUCCAUAGGAGAGGGUCUAAAAGAGGAUGGAAGGCGUUUGUAGUGUUCUUCAGCUUUGCUUGAAGCCAAGCCUGACCUUCUCUCGAUCUCUCGGGUUCCUAUUCUCUUUUUUGUCUUCUGUUUCGUGUACUAUUUGCGUGAGAGAGGUUUUCUUCUUCUUUGUCGCGGGAUUGUGUUUUUCAUUGUCUUGGCAUAUUACUGUGUACUCUUAUUGACCAUUGUCUUUUUCUGAUUUCGUUCAAGUAGUAGCCCAUGUUAACAGAGUAA